CCAUCCUCUUCUCAUCUCACCUCUGCAGCAGAACAAUCGAUCGAUGAACUAGCUAGGCCUGAAAGAAGAUCAAUCAAGAAAGAAAGAAUUAAGGUGCAAAAUUAGACUAUAAGCUGAAUCGAGAUCGAAAUGGAAGGAGGGGGGGUGGAGCAGCUGCCGGGUUUCAGGUUCCACCCGACGGAGGAGGAGCUGCUGGAGUUCUACCUCAAGCAGGCGGUGCUGCACGGCCGCAGGAAGCUCCGGUUCGACAUCAUCCCCACGGUGCACCUCUACCGCCACGACCCGCGCGAGCUCCCCGCCCUCGCGCGCAUCGGCGAGCGGGAGUGGUACUUCUUCGUGCCCCGCGACCGCAAGCACGCCGCUGGCGCCGGCCGCCCCAGCCGCACCACGGAGCGCGGCUUCUGGAAGGCUACCGGCUCCGACCGCGCCGUCCGCUGCGCCUCCGACCCCAAGCGCCUCAUCGGCCUCAAGAAGACGCUCGUCUACUACGAGGGCCGCGCCCCUCGCGGCACCAAGACCGACUGGGUCAUGAACGAGUACCGCCUCCCCGACGCCAUUGCCGCCGCCGACGACGACGACCCCAAGGACGACAUGGUCCUCUGCAAGGUGUACCGGAAGGCGGUGUCGCUCAAGGAGCUGGAGCAGAGGGUGGCCAUGGAGGAGCUGGCGCGGACGACGUCCUCGGCCUCCCACAGCACCGGCUCGCCCGUCGACUCCUCCUCCAUCUCCUCCUCUUCGGACGCCGCCAUGAUGAUGAAGAAAGAGGAGGAGGCGCCGGCGCACGAGCUGGUCCGGCCGGCGACGCUGAGCCUGCCGCAGCUGGAGGUGGGGAGGCAGAUCAGUAGUGGGUUGGAGUGGAUGCAGGAGCCAUUCCUGCGGAGCCCAUGGAUGGACACCUGGUCGCCCUACUUCGCCAGCAGCCUCCUCAACUUCUAAUCCUCUACCUAAUCAUUUUUAUUUUUACUAGUAGUAAUUCACCAAGAAGUGAAUUACUCAACCAUAAAUUUUAUGAUCAAUCUGCAGAGGUCGAUCGACUAUGAUCAGUUAUUAGUUACUACAUAAUUGAGAUCGACGCAUGCAUGGUUUCUUAAUUAUUGCAGCUUCCACAUGUACAUAGACCGGCAAAUCAAACCAAUGAUAUAUAUGGCCAAAGUCUGAGAGGAAAUUUCACCCCCAAAAAAAACUAUAUGUAUUUUGCUCAUUU